UCCCAGUCACUUUCAACAUGGCGUCGGCGAUUUAAGCUGGAACGUGGACAUUCGUUCUGGUUGGUUGUGCUACCCAUAGGGGAGCCCAUAUCGUGGGACUUUCUUUAAUUCCACCCCCGAUUCCUUGGGAUAUAUUUUAUAAUUCAACUCCGAUUCCUUUGCCUGACGCUUGGCCUGAUCCAGAUAAUAGCAAAGACAGAAACGUUCGAGGUCGGUGUUACCUCCCUUCGAGAACCCCGGUUUCAGCCCUCCAGCUGCCUCACCUCCACGUAUAUUUGCAGUUGCAUGCGAAGACUUGUGGAGGAAUAUAAUGUUAGUCUACAGGUUAUUGAAACUUACAGAUUGCCUGUAAAAGAAUACUUUAAAGAAACUGAUGACAAAUAAAUGUGUCUGAGGAUUUGGUUGAGGCUUACCUUGCUUUCAUAUAGGAAUGAAGCAACUUUAACUGCAAUUUCAGUGAGAAAUCAAUCUUUCAACAAAAGCAUGGAGGGUAAUCAGAAUCAAGACAUGGCAACAGAUAGCUGUAAUCUAGAGCAAAAUAUGGCUCAAUCACCUACAGUGAGUACAAGUGGUGACAAUGAGUCAACAGAAAAUGGUGAGAAAAUAAUCACAGAAGGAAAAGCAAAAGUGAUUUUUCCAAAUGCCAAUGAAGUGUUCUAUAACCCUGUCCAAGAAUUCAACAGAGACCUUACGUGUGCAGUUAUUACUGAAUUUGCUCGUCUGCAGCUUGCAUCCAAAGGAAUUAGGCUUGCAGUUCCUGGGGAGGAAAAUACCUCUAAAGUGAUUGUUGAUCUUUCUGAAACGGGAAAAGAUAACUUGGAACAACUAAAUUAUAGAGAUACUACAGAUGAGGAGACUACUACAGUUACAGAAGUGGAAGAAGUAUGCCAGGAGGGACUCCAAAUCCUGGAAGCUCUGGCUGCUUCUGGACUGCGUUCCAUCCGGUUUGCAAAGGAAGUGCCUGGCAUUCACAGUGUGGUAGCUAAUGAUAAUUCCUCUAAGGCUGUUGAGUUCAUCACCCAAAACAUUAAGCUCAAUGGCGUGGAACACUUGGUGACUCCAAGCUUGUCAGAUGCUCGGAUGCUGCUAUAUCGCAAAAAGGCAGCUAAAGAAUUCUUUGAUGUUAUUGACCUGGAUCCGUAUGGCAGCCCUUCUGGUUUCUUGGAUGCCGUGGUGCAGUGCGUGAGGGAUGGAGGUCUGCUGUGUGUUACAUGCACUGACAUGGCUGUAUUGGCUGGGAAAUUGGGCGAAACAUGUUACAGCAAAUAUGGAGGGGUGUCAAUCGGCACCACCUGCUGUCAUGAGAUGGCCCUACGAAUUAUCCUGCACAGCCUGGAUCUUCGUGCCAACUGCUACCAGCGCUAUAUUGUUCCCCUGUUGUCUGUCAGUGUGGACUUUUACAUCCGUGUGUUUGUUCGAGUCUUCAGUGGACCAUCCAAGGUCAAAGCUUCUGCUAGCAAACAGGCCUUGGUUUAUAACUGUGUGGGCUGUGGAUCAUUUCAUAUCCAGAGACUUGGCAAGAUGGUCAGCGAUGGGAAAAAUUUCAACUAUAAGGCUGCUUGUGGCCCCCCUGUAGGUCCAUCCUGUGAACAUUGCCAUCAGCACCACCAGCUGGCUGGCCCCAUGUGGGCAGCACCGCUUCAUGAUUUGGGUUUUGUCCAGCGAGUUUUGUCAGCAAUUGAGAGUAACCCAGGGCGCUUUCAGACAAAUCAACGGCUACAGGGCAUCCUGAGCAUGGUGAUGGAGAUCAGCUCUCCUUCACGCUGGCUACCAAGUGUCGCUUUCUCAUGCCUGUAAGAAUGCUAUCAAAACAGAUGCACCAUCAUCUGUGCUUUGGGACAUUAUGCGCUGCUGGGAGCGGCUCAACCCUGUGAAACGAGAGCGUCUUUCAGAGCACAGCCCGGCUGCUCACAUCCUUUCCAUGGAACCCAAGUUGCAGGCAUCCUUUACCGUCCGAGCAGAUGCUAAUCCUAAAUCACGAAAACAGAAACUCCGGCGGUUCCAGAUGAAUCCAGAGCCCUUCUGGGGGCCCAAAGCAAGAGCAAAAGCCGGGGGUGGGAUUUCCUCUUGUCUGCAGGAAAAGAGAAAGUUACAUCAGAACAAGAGGAAAGUGUGUGCAGAAGGGAAUGACGAUUCUCACCUAAAAAACUUUCCAUGCAAAAGGUUCCGACAGGGUGACUGUACCUUAGGGGACAAAUGCUGCUACUCUCACGAGACACAGAAAGAGUGAAGCACCAUAACAGUAGUGCGACAUGAGUCCUGAAUGCCUGGUGGGAUUUUUAUUUUUGCAUUUAUAGGCAAUCUUUAUAUUUUAAUGACUGUCAAAAUGUGCAUGCAAAUUAAAUACGAUUCUCUUUUGA